ACAGUUGUCACGGCUGCAAUGUUCCAUCAGAACUCCUGCAACCUUGGUAUCAGAUCUGAAAACUGAAGAUGAUUCUUUUACAAAGAUAGGAUUCCUCCACCUCUCAUCCUCAGUUGGGCUGCAUAGGCGACAGCGUCACAAGGAUCUGCCGCGUCGGUCGUACGUCCGCCUGCUCAAAUCCAACCCCAUAUUAUCAUCUUGAACAGCGCGCCCGGUUGCAACACACAUAAUGAGCGAUCUUGACAGGGCGAUCGCGCAGCUACGCGCUUGCCGACCAAUUCCCGAGGCGCAAGUGAGGGAACUUUGCUAUAAGGCGCGAGAACUUCUAAUUGAAGAAGGGAAUGUGGUUUCAGUGGAUGCACCAGUUACGAUAUGCGGUGACAUCCACGGCCAAUUUCAUGAUUUGAUGGAGCUCUUUAGGGUCGGUGGAGACGUUCCUGACACGAAUUAUCUCUUCAUGGGCGACUUCGUCGACCGUGGGUUUUACUCUCUCGAAUCCUUUCUCCUCCUCCUUUGUCUGAAAGUGCGCUAUCCCGACCGUAUAACCCUUAUUCGUGGGAAUCAUGAAUCGCGUCAGAUCACGACCGUGUACGGCUUUUACGAUGAGUGUAUUCGCAAGUACGGAAGCGCCAAUGUAUGGCGAUACUGUUGCGAGGUCUUUGACUACCUAGCGUUGGGAGCGUUGGUGCUCGGAGCCAGCUCGGAGCUGGAGCCCACUGGAACCAACAUAAACGAGGCGACACAAUCGACCAUGCCCAUCGACGACGGAGAACUGGAGACCGAGGUGCUGAAUUCGAAAGGGGAAGUCACAAUGGCAACCUAUCGAAGACGGCAGAGAGCAUCAUCCGAUGCAUCCAAUGAUUCGCGAAAUAUCUCGCCCCCGAGAGACAUAUCAGCAGCUCCUGGAGAUACGCCCGCACGAACUGGUGCUCCGGGCACAGGAGCGACAGGAAGCAGUCUGGGCAGUUUCUCUAGCAGCACCGGAGCCGUUCUCUGCGUCCACGGAGGCCUCUCUCCUCUUGUCGACAGCGUCGACAAGAUCCGCCUCAUCGAUAGAAAGCAAGAAGUUCCUCACGAAGGCGCUAUGUGUGAUCUCUUAUGGUCUGAUCCGGACGAGAUCGAAGGCUGGGGCCUGAGCCCCCGCGGUGCUGGAUUCUUAUUUGGCGGUGACAUUGUCAAGCAUUUCAACUACAAGAACGACCUCUCGCUCAUAGCUCGAGCCCACCAGCUCGUGAUGGAAGGAUACAAGGAAAUGUUCGACGGCGGAAUCGUGACCGUCUGGUCAGCGCCCAAUUACUGCUAUCGGUGCGGAAACGUGGCCGCCAUCUUAGAACUGGGCGAAGAUGCAAGCAACGGCGGUACAAUCGCGAGGAGUAACGGAGAUUACGGCCGCAGUACAGGCAUAUUGAGACCGGAAGGCAUGGAUAAACGAAUAGUCGGUCCCGGGAGGAGAUACAGGGUCUUCGAAGCAGCCGCUCAAGACACCAGAGGCAUGCCCGCGAAGAAGCCCGUCGCCGAUUAUUUCUUGUGAUACAGUGAUACCACAUAACGACCUCGUUGAUUCUUUUCUCUCUGUUUGCAUUUAGUUUUUUGAUAUCAUAUCCAGCUUCUCGCCCAGAGAAGUUAUCCCACUGGCGGAGUACCCCAAAGCAGGCUUCAAGGAACCCCGCCCUUUUGAUGAGAGUUUCUACGGAGUGGAAAGGAUUGAGCACAGCAGUGGAGUCAAAUGAGACAAAAAGAAACGACCUUUUCCCGCUUGAUUCCAUGCAUGUUAUUCUGGAGAGUGCAUAAAUGAUGUAAAGCGAUUAUAGGCUGGCAUAAUGGAGCGUU